AUGAAAGGACCACGAACCCAUUUUAAUCAAAGAAGUCUGGCAUUCAUCGUACUUAUAACUGGUAUUCUCGGUGGUCUUCUCAUUGUUUUUUCGAUUUUAUUGCUAUGCAAAUAUUGUUUAAAUCGAAAAAAUUUGAGAGAAACCGAACAAAUGAAACUUUUAUAUGAAACAUUAAAUCAAGCAUCAUUAGUAGAUUCUAAUCGUUUAUAUCAUCAUGAUAUUCGAGUAGUUUCACCACUCGAACCACGCCGAUCAAAUCCACUUGAUCGAUAUCAAAUUGCAGAAGAUCAGUGGCAAAUACCUGGUUCGAAGCAAGAAGCAUCAAAUUAUCAUGCAUCAGAAGGUCAGACUUCGCAACACCCUCAAAUGUAUCAUGAGAUUCGAGAACAUACUGCUAACAACCAAAAUGAGCUUCAUAUGUAUGGAAAUGUUAAUGUGGAUGAAGAGCAAGCUUAUUUACAAGUUGAUCCACGUUGCUAUGUUCGACAAAAUUCAAAUGUAUCAUUGACAACUGAUAGAAAACCUGACACGCCACGUCUUGAAAAAGGUCUUUCACUUAAUGUUGAUACACGUUCAUCACCAUCAUCAACUUCUUUAUCCCCGUAUCGUCAAAGUAGUUUUGAUGUAACGUUGGCUUAUGGCUGUCAGCCACAUCGAUCAACGUUAUCCCCAACAACAUCAACACAACAGGAUAUAUUUUAUACGCCACGUGGAUCAAGUCUGUCUGUUGUUGGCAAUCCAUUAUCAAGUACAUCAACAACAUCUCAACAUUUAUCUAUAACGACACCUGGAGCAAGUAGAAAAAAUUCUGCUGCAAUUAUUCACGAAAAGAAAGAACUUACUGCAACAAUCGAUCCAUCAGAUCAAACAUCGAAAGUACGUUUAUCAGUUUCACAACGAGAUCAUGAAAUUUCUCGAUCACUUGAACAAUCAUCGUCACCAACUCAAGGACUUUCAUCAUCGAAUUACACAUCAAAUGAUAAACAGUCUCGGAGUUUUGAUGCUGUUCAUAUGUUACGACCAGGUACAAAUCGUUCAGAUGUUGUUAAUCGUCGAACAAAAUCUUAUGAAUAUGCUGAUGAUCAUCGACAAUUAACAUCCUCUAUUGCACCACCACCAAUUGUUAUUAAAAUUCCUGAUAUGGCUGAACUUGUUCAAGCAGCUAAACUAUCCCAGUUGAAAAAUCAAAGAGACAGCACUGAAGUGGAAGAAUAUCAAAGAAAUACAGGUCGAAAAGCAACGCUGGUUCAACAAAUAAGUAUUAAUGAUCAUGAUCAGGCAACAACAGCAUCACACGAUCUUUGGCGUUUACGUCAAUCAUAUGAACUUGAAGAACAGCAACGAUUAGAUCGAACAUCACCUGAAGAACUCUCGCCAGAUUUAUUAACAUCCACAUCGAUUGAUUCAGCUGGCGCUAUGCCUAUUCAUAGUCAAAAUAAAGAUAUUACGGCCAAUGGUGUUAGUGACAAUGGUGGUGGCGGCGAUGAUGAUCCAUCAAAAUAUCAAUACCGUCGAAAAAGUUCAUCAAAUCUUUUAUUACCGCCACCUGAAGUUCGUCGCCAAGCUCUUAGACGUACAUUUGAAAAACGUCGUAGUUGUAUUAAUCAAUCAAACAUUCGACGUGAACAACAAUUACUUAAAAACCAAAAUGAUUUAGAAGAAGAAAGUAACAAAGAUUCGAUGGUAGAGUUUUCAAGUUUGUUAAGUAACUUUAACUCGAAAAGUGAAAAUUCAAGUUUUGAACGAAGUCUUGAAACUGAUUUCGAUAUGCAGUCAGAUACAAGUAGUCGAGGACCAAAUGAUCAAUUUACAUCCAUUGAAUCGUCUGCAACAGCAGCAGCAACAACAGCAACAGCAACAGCAACAACAACAACAACAACAACAGCACCGAUUUGUAACCACUAUCAUCUUGAUGUUGCGAUNACAUCAACAUCAUCAAUAACAACAACAUCAACAGCAUCAUCAUCAUCAUCCUCACCAGCAACAACAACAUCAACAACAACAACAGCAGCAGCAGCAGCAACAGCAGCAACAGUCACAACCACAACAACAUAG